GUUCGCCCGAUUCCGUACUCGGGAGUGUUAGUAGGAAAGGGCAGGCGCCCGGGCCGCCUCGGAGCCUCUCGCGCUCGGCCGGUGUCCGCCGUCCCUGACAGGAGCGACUGGCUCGAGCCGGCGCCUUAGGCCGUUGUCAGAGCGCGGGCUGCGGCGCUUACUCAGCACAACCGCCUCCUUCUGCUUUCGGACGGAGGGGGUCGCAGGAGCCAUUGAGGGAGGGGGCCGGCCGUGCGUGUGAGUCGGCAGCCGGCGCCCGAGCUCGCCGCUGCCGCCGCCGCCCAGGGCAGGCAGUUGGACGCGGCUGCGCGCUCUGCGCGGAGCGCGAGUAUGUGAGCCUCAUCUACAGCCGUCUCGAUUUUAAGCGGCCUGUCCUCUGCGAUUCCGGGACGCAGACUUUAUUUUCGUGAUUGGAAGAUGAAUAAUCUUUCGUUUAGUGAACUGUGCUGCCUAUUCUGUUGUCCACCAUGUCCUGGAAAAAUAGCUUCCAAACUGGCAUUUUUGCCACCAGAUCCUACAUAUACACUGAUGUGUGAUGAAAGUGGGAGUCGCUGGACUCUACAUCUUUCUGACCGAGCAGACUGGCAAUACUCUUCUAGAGAAAAAGAUGCCAUUGAAUGUUUCAUGACUAGAACCAGCAAAGGUAACAGGAUUGCCUGUAUGUUUGUGCGUUGUUCCCCUAACGCCAAGUAUACAUUGCUCUUCUCACAUGGGAAUGCUGUUGACUUAGGUCAGAUGAGCAGCUUUUACAUAGGACUUGGUUCACGGAUUAAUUGCAACAUAUUUUCAUAUGAUUACUCUGGAUAUGGAGCAAGUUCUGGAAAACCAACUGAGAAGAAUUUGUAUGCUGACAUCGAUGCUGCUUGGGUAGCUCUUAGAACAAGGUAUGGAAUUCGCCCUGAAAAUGUGAUUAUAUAUGGCCAAAGCAUAGGAACAGUGCCAUCUGUGGAUCUUGCUGCUCGUUAUGAAAGUGCUGCUGUAAUUCUGCAUUCUCCUCUGACCUCAGGGAUGAGAGUAGCUUUUCCUGAUACUAAGAAGACCUACUGCUUUGAUGCAUUUCCAAACAUUGACAAGAUCUCUAAAAUAACCUCUCCAGUGUUAAUAAUCCAUGGGACUGAAGAUGAAGUGAUUGACUUUUCACAUGGCCUAGCUUUAUUUGAGCGCUGCCAAAGACCUGUGGAACCACUGUGGGUAGAAGGUGCAGGACACAAUGAUGUUGAGCUUUAUGGACAAUAUCUUGAAAGAUUAAAACAGUUUGUAUCACAGGAACUGGUGAAUUUGUAAAUUGCUUUAUAUAGUUACUUGCUGUUGAAUUUCUUUACAGAACUGCAAAUCUUGAUAGCCACAGCAUAAAACCUGAUGGUUUUGUUUUCAAAUCAGAUCAGUUGCCUUCAUACAUGUACAGGUAAUGAUUUGUAAACAUAAUUAAUGAAGGUUUUAAUACCAGUAUUAACUGGAACAACUGAUGAUGUGGACAAGCUUGUGUAGUUCACAUAUUUUGUGCAAGUUUUCUUAGACUAUACAUAAGUCAAUUUGCAAGUUUUUCUUAAGAUGUACAAAAAUCAUAAGGAAGAAAGUGAAAUUUUAAUUAUGUAAAAUCCAAUGCUGUAAAAGUGUUGCCAAAUGCUUUAGCAUAUCAGAAACAAGUUUAUAUAUAUAAUAUUUUUAAAACAUCUCAAAUUGUACUUUGACCUAUUCUGUUGUACAGGUGUAAUUGAAGCAUUGUAAAGUCCAAGUAGCCAUUACAUUUGAAGGAUUAAGAAAGAAUGAAAACAACCACUGGAAUUUACAGGCCCUAUUAUAUAGGGAGCAAGUAAAAAUGUUUUAUUGUCUUUCAUGAAUUAUUCUCAUUGUUUUCCUCUUUCGAGAAUGAUUAAUGGCCAAACAUGUUUAAUUGGCCAUUGUUGCUUUGCAAAACAAAGGCACAAAAUCUUGAUUCUCUUAUUACCACUCCUUUUGACAGGGUCCAUAUGAAAGCAAGUAAAUGCAAUACUUCAGCGGUUUCUCUGAAAUCAGUAAGAAGGUAUUGGUGGCCAUUUUGAAAUGAUCAUGUAAAGAACCCCUGUGAUAAUAAGAACCUCCCUAAUGGUUAUCUUACUUUCUUGUACUGACAACUAUGCAAAGUUGUAGUUGUCAAUUCUGAUUUGAUUUGAAUGUUUGUAAGUAUAGGACUAAUUGUUUCAGCUAUUAUGAGAAUUCUACUAAUGUACUCCUAUAUAGUGAAAAGAAUGUUGACAACUCAUAGCAAAAUUAAUUGCCUUUCCCUUGAAUACAUUUUUGCUUGAAUAAAAUAUAAAAUAGAUUUAAAAUGUAGCCUAAUUUGUAAACAAAGUAAUACUCAAAUACACACUGUGCUUCUAAUUUUAAAGCCUUACAUAAUUUACUUGUUCUGCUUGUUUUUGUGAUUGUCUGGGAGUAUUGUAUAAUGUAUAAUGUAUUGUGAAUACUUAGAUGCUGAUAUGUUCAACUCAAUUAAGAAAUUACACUUGAUACUGAUUUUUUCUUACAAGUUAUAAAUGAUACAUUCUUGAAUAGUCCAUUUUCAGUGGAAAAAAGCAAGAGAGCAGAACUCCCAAUGUGACUAUAGCUUCUUGCCAAAAUCUGCUCCUUCUAUUAUAUUGACUACUUUUCCCCCUUUCUCCAGAGCUCUUGGCUAUUUUCAUCAUCCAUUUCUACUGUAGAGAGUCAGCUGGAUCCAAAACAUUCUGUUAGUACAUACUUUCAUUUUAAGUAAAGUCAUGCUGGCUUCUAAUUAAGGCUUUGAAUAGCAUCUAUGUUUUCAUAAAUGAAGGACUGAACAUAAUAAGUAUACAGGGUAAAAUGUUUAUUGGUUGUCAUAGUGGAUAGCAAAUGCAUGCCAGAGAUAAUGGAUUGGCCCUCGAGACAUUUCCUCUAAUGGAGGCAAGUGUGUGCUCUGGAUCUAGCCGACUAUAUUUCAGCGUAAUGCCAAAAUCCAUUUGAAAUACAAUAGGGUACAGUCUUACUUAUGCUUAGACAGAAAAGGCCUGCAGUUCCCACCCAACAUCCUUGGGCAUCUCUUACACAUUUCGCACUCUUUUUCCAGCCCUCACACCAAAUAAACAGUAAAAAGUGUUGUCAUGAUCACAAUAAUUGCUUCAAAUAGUUUCCUUUUUAUCAGUUACACUGAGGUUUGUCCGCUGAUUAGGGAGAAGCUGGCUUGAAGGGGAUGAGAGAGAACAACCAGUUCUCAAGCAGCAACUGAUGUGAAAAUGGCAUUCUGUUAAUGGAGUUAAAAAGCUUUCUGAUAUUGCUGAUUGAAAUCAUGUACCCAUCUCAGUUAAGAUUUCAUAGUUACCACUUAAGUACAGUUUGUCCAGUACACUGAGUUGUAUCCAGAGUAGAUUCGUUGAAAUAAAUGCACUUAAAUUUGACUGACUAUAAUCCCAUUGAUUUUAAUGAGUCUACUCUACGUAUGACUAAGCCUAGAUUUGAUUCACAAGACAAGUUAGAAAUGUGUGCAUCAGUUUUGCUUCACACUCUGUGAAGCAGUUUGUCUUGGGGUAUAAAGUUAAGUGCCUGUCUAAACUUUGGUGGCUUACAUUACUGCAAAAUAUGCAUACAGUCAUAACAUUAUGACCUUUCAAAGUGACACUGGAACUUUUUAUAGUGUGCAAGUGGGAUUUUUAUAGGCUUGAUCUCAAGUACCUUCUUAAAAGCCCUAUUCUGCAAUAUUAAAAUGAAAAGCUAUAUUAACCUUUAAUGAAAGCAGGAAUCUGUUUAGUUCUUAAAAUCCAACAAUUUGUUCAAGGCUAUUAGGAAGAGGAAGGAAGAUCUUUGACGUUUGUCAGUGUAUUUGUUUAAACAGUCACUGUUGUCAGUGCUGCAUCCUGGCAACACUGUUUCUAAAAUUGUUUUGAUCCAUAUGAUGUAGUAAUAGUAAGGGGAAAAUGUUGAUCAAAUUGCUGGGACUGUAGAAUGAUCACAACACAUGUAACUUUCUUUUUUAAAGUAUAUAUUUUACUAAUUUUUCAUAUUAAAAACUGCUCUGGUAUAGCUCAACUUAAUGUCAAUGUCAGUACAUGUACACCAAACAUGGGGAAGUGUGUGGCCCUCUAGCAAAGCCAAUGAUGAAGGAUGAUGGGAGUUUGAGUCCAGAAGCAUCUGAAGGGUCACAUGUUGCCCACCCCUAAUAUAGCUCAUCACAGAAAUUGAAAUUUAAUCUAGACUUCGUUCUAUAUUUUUUAGAAGAAAAAUCAGGAUGAUACAGGUGGCCAUGUAACAACUCAAUUAGUAGCUGUUAUCUCUCAAUAGUACAUAUGUGAAAUUCUGUUUGUCCUUGAGUCAAAACAUAGACCUGUGCAGGCAACUUGUAAAUUUGCUAUAGGAGCAGUUGUGCCUGUAUGGUAACAAGCUGAAUUAUGCCCCCAGCUCCCCCACUCCUCCGGUUUCAGACUGAACAUGGAAUAAUGCCUUAUUGUACGAAUCAAUACUACAGUCAGCCAGCUCUCCCCCUAUUUGACACUGCCUCACAAUGUCUUUAGUAGUGGCUGCUGUACGAAAUAUUCCUUUGUAUACAUCUGGGAGGAUUUUGUGUAAAGUGGUGCAUAAAAAGGCAUGCUGAAGGGUAUCAAUGUGGCAGACUGAUAUAACGUAACUACAGUAUAAAAGGCUUUAAUAUUACUUCUUUAAAAGCUUUUAAAUACUGUUAAUACAUUUCUCAUCUUUUUUAUCCCAAGAAGCAUGCUAUACUCUGCCAUGCUAUGCCAAGUUUCUGAUGACUUUUGACUAACCUGAAUCAUAUAUGGUCAUCUGUUAUGGUUUGGGGAAACAUUGAUACAACCUAGUAAUCAAGGCACAGGCUACAAAAAUUUACCUGAAAAUAGUAAGUUAAAAUUUGUUUAGCAGAGUAAGACUAUGCUAUUCAAAAAACAAUUUGCACAAGGCUUUUAUGAGGAGGAAGGAAUAUCCUUGAGCUUGUUUUCCAAGAGAGGUAAGUAUGGCUUCUAAUUUCUUUAUGGUAAAAGUUUGCAUGGGUAUUAAAGCCAAGUCCUCUUAAUGGCUAGCUUAAUCUCCACAGUUCAAAGUAUGAUCUUACUCUAGUUCCCUCUGUUCUGUAGGGCUGCUUGUGAAAAUUUGUGUAACUUCUGCAAAUCUUUGUGUCAUGAAAAGCCAUUAACUAGAAAAGAUUUUCCACCUUUAUUUUGGGAUUGAGGCUUAAACCAUUGUGAGGAGGGAAGCAGCCUGAAGUAUUCACUGGGCUUCAUCCUUCCCACUGCCCCAUUCCUGUGCAAUACUCUGCAAAGCAACUCUAUAGUGUUCAUGACUUUGAGGAAAGACAGGCUGUUGAGCUGAAUCCCACAGUCUGAGAAUUUAAUGGGCAUACAUGGUCUGAUUUCAGGCUGAGCACUACCUCAAACUGGUAUUUUAUGAUAGGAUAUUUGAAACUCUAAAUUUUGGAAGUAUGUUUAGAAGAUUAUUAUGGAUAUAUUGCAUUAUUCCAGAGCCUAAACUAGAUAAUGCAAGGAAUUCUCUGAAAUGGAAACUAUUAAGGUAAAUCUUUUUAAAAUGUUAGUCAACAUUAACUUCUUUGCUUGUGUUCUUUUCCUUCUGUUAAAAUUGGAUUAAUCCAAGGUCAUGUCAAAGCUUUACCCACUGUUAAAUUCUCUGCUGAUACUGUACAUUACAUCAACUGAAAUAAAGCCUAGCUUUUGACUAUG